CUUUCCUAAACAUAAAAAAUUGUAAAUGGAGCUAUUAUUGUCUCUUAAGUUUUGUGCGUGAAACACGAGCAAAAUCACUACUCUCCACCAGUAAUAGAAUCUUUUUUUUUUCCAUAAAUAAUGCACUUGUACAACAAUUUGGUGGAGAAAUUAAGUGGUGCAGAUCAUAGAGAGUUGGAAAAUAAUGGAGUCAUGGCUCAUCAUCCUCAGCCUCAGCCUCAGCCUCAUCAUCACUUUCUGUAUCACUUUCAAAUCCAAUAAACAGAACAAAUUCCCCCCAGGACCUUUUGUUUUUUCUGUGAUUACGGGCUUACUUCGCGUUAAUGCUGAUAUAGAACUCAUCCUCAGGGACCUCAAGACUAAAUAUGGUCCUAUUUUCAACUUAAGAAUUGGAAUUGGAUUUCGUCGUCCUUCAAUAUUUGUUGCCAGCCACUCAUUAGCCUAUCAAGCUUUAGUCCAACAAGGUGCUGUUUUCUCUGACCGCCCAAAGGCCGCUCAGACCAGUGUAAGCCUUCAAAGUUGCCGAAUUAACAUCUCUUCCUCUCCCUAUGGACCCUCAUGGCGCGUCCUCCGUCGAAACAUUGUAUCUGAAAUUCUCCACCCUUCUUGCACCAAGUCCUACUCUAAGGUCCGAUCACGGGUACUCACUGUCCUUAUUCAACAGCUUCGUUCUGAUUCUGUAGCAACGGAAGGGAUCCGGUUGAUUGAUCAUUUUCGUUAUGCUAUGUUCUAUCUUCUUGUCUUGAUGUGCUUCGGGGAAAACAUUGACGAGGCUCAAGUCAAACUGAUCCACGAUGUACAACGAAGAUGGAUGCAAAGUGCGGGUCGAUUCAUCAAUCUCAGCUUCUUUCCAAGAUCACUUCAAAAGAUCAUAUACAGGAAGCAAUGGAAGGAGCUCAUCCAACUGAUACAAGAUCAAGAGAGUGUCUUUAUGCCACUGAUUGAGGCUCGAAUGAAAGCAAAAACUGAGGAAGAUGUGGUGGCUUAUGCAGAUACAUUGCUGAAUUUGGAAUUCCCUGAGAAAAAAAGGAAGUUUAAUCGGGGAGAGAUUGUCAGCCUCUGCAGUGAGUUCCUCUCCGCUGGCACUGAUACUACCGCCACCUCGUUGCAAUGGAUCAUGGCUAACUUGGUUAAAUACCCUUCUGUUCAGGAAAAACUAUACCAAGAGAUAUCUGAGGUAGUGAGCAGAGAGAAUUCGAAGCCGGAUGGACUGAAAGAGGAAGAUCUAGAGAAAAUGCCUUACCUAAAAGCAGUGAUUUUGGAAGGUCUCAGGCGGCAUCCACCAGGUCACUUCCUGCAGCCACACACGGUGACGGAGGAAGUGGAACUCAACGGUUAUGUCAUCCCUAAGGAUGUAGCCGUCAAUUUCAUGGUUGCAGAUAUGGGUUUGGAUCCACAAGUGUGGGAGAAUCCCUUGGAUUUCAAUCCAGACAGGUUCUUAUCAGUGGGCGGUGACGAUAAGGAAGUGUUUGAUAUAACAGGGGUUAGACAGAUCAAGAUGAUGCCUUUUGGUGCAGGGAGAAGAGUAUGUCCAGGCUAUGGCUUGGCUAUGCUCCAUUUAGAAUACAUUGUGGCUAAUUUGAUCUGGCAUUUUGAGUGGAAGGCUGUGGAUGGAAACAAUGUUGAUCUAUCUGAGAAGCUGGAAUUCACCGUUAUGAUGAAGAAUCCAUUGUGUGCUCGCAUCCGUCCCAGAGUAAACCAACUUGAAUGAUCUUGCUACUAAUGUCGUAUAUUUGUUUGUUUUUCUUUCUCUCUUGAAGUUGUUGAUGUUUCUUCAA